AUGCAUCAAAUUCCUCUAUCUCUUCUUUUACUUCUUCUCAUUUGCCCGCUUCAAACGGUUCUCGCCACCACUUGCUCGUUUCGAAAUGAGCUGGCUUCGCUGAGCUGGAAAGUGAGAGACAAUGAGCUCGAGAUCCAUUUCGAGCACAAUAACCUGACGGAAAGUAGAUGGACUUCGAUUGCAUUCGGAGACGGUCCCGGAAUGGUAAGCACUUGCCCAGAUUCAAAUGGAACUCUCGUUUCCUUUUGCAGAACAAUCUGGAAGCCAUCAUAUUCUCCCGCGGAGACAACGCCGAGGUCACCACUUCCACCGGAUUCACCCCCAAAAAGAAGCGAGUGGUGGUUGAUGACGUGGCAUACGUGACUGUGAAGAACGUGAGUGUGACUGGAAACCAGCUGAAAGUGACCGUAACCCGUCCACUGGGACCCGCUGGACCCAGAGACUUCUCGUUGAAUCAGUGCGUCAACUGGAUCAUCGUACCGGGAGGCAAUCUGAAAGACGGCAAGUUCCACAAACAUCACGGAAAGCUGUUUACGAUUAAGGUGAGGAGGUUGUAAAUUACUGUAGGCAUUGAAAAGAGCCGAACUGUCUUAGUAUCAAUAUCAGAAAACGUGCUCCCAGAGCAAAAGCGUUCAAUAAAACACGUAACUUGUGCUCUCUGCUCUUAUCAGCCGCUUCUCGUUUGCCGGAACCUGUUCCUCUUGCCGUGGUUUCCCUCGAGUUCAGUCAAUCUCCCAAAACAAACACAUGUUCUCUAGUUUGACAAGAAAAAAAGGAAAAGUAGACAUCUUAGUUAAGAAAAGGCUUCGAGAGAUGAAUUUCAGAGCGUGUGUGCGGCGAAAUGCACUUCGUUCACGAGAAGACUGCUCAGCAACAGAAUCGAAUGA